ACACUCUGACAGAAUCCGAUGAAAGGUUGAAGGAAUUCGGUUUAGGAGGAUUGUGUAAUUUGUGUUUAGAGAAACGAAAUAAAGAACAUAUAAUAAAUAAUGAUGGUGUUCCGUUAAUAAUUCAAUGUUUAUAUGAUAAAAAUGAAGAGAUAAUACUUUCUGCGAUCACAACUCUGAUGUUUCUUUUAACGGAUAGGGAAGAAAAUGAAGUUAACACUGCCCUAAUUUCUCCUAAUUUAGAAAUUGAUAUCCAAGCUCGAGUAACAUGUUUGACAACCAUUGGUGGUAAUGUCAGUCAUGAGUUCUUCUGGGAAGUACCUUCAUUCAGGUCACAAGUAUUAAAAGAAACCUUUGUUGAAAAAUAUGGCACACAACCUUUAUUUCGCAUAGAGCAGGUUGUCAUAAAGAUAGCUAACUCGAAAAAAUACAAUAAGGAAAACGGUGUCGGUGUUUUAGAUAAAGAUUUAUUAUUAUGGACUUCAUGUUUGCAAGGAAUAGUUAUGGAUACUGUUGUGAUGUAUUCUAAUCAGCCCUCUUCGCUUGUUGCCAAAAAAUAUUCCCUUUCAGAUAUAU